AUGCACGUUCGGGAGCGAGGAGCCACCGGAGGUUCGGGAAUUAGUUUCGAGGAGCUUGCAGAACGUGACUAUAACGAGGGGGACUUUGAAGAGGAGGACGAGUGGGCGGAGGAAGAGGACGAGGGCGAAUGGGACGUGGGCGAUGCUGAUGUGGAACGAACCCUCGCUGAGUCAGCACAGGAGCUUUCCACGGGCAGUCUGGUGCUGCCGCCCGGGCGGCAAGCCCCGCGGGUGAAAUCAGCAGUAUUUGUGAAGAGCAGCAGCAGCGUGGCACAGUGCCCUAAGGAUACGAAAAUCCCGGAGUUUGCUGUGAUUGGCCGGCAAGACACAGCUGAUAAGCCACUUCCCUAUCAACGACUCCUGGUACCUCGUGGAUUUGCCUCCUCCCCAUCCACUCCCCCUGUUCCCCCCUUCCCACCUGCCCCCCAUCCCCACCAUACCCCCUUCUCCCCUGCAGGCAAGACGCAGCUGAUAAACCACUUCCUUAUCAACGACUCCUGGUAUCUCGUGGAUCUGCCAGGCUAUGGAUAUGCUGUUGCCCCCAAUGCCAUCCGCACGGAGUGGAACGCUUUUACCAAGGCCUACUUCACCUCGCGCACCAACCUGCUCACCGUGCUGCUGCUGGUGGAUGCUACUAUUCCGCCCCAAGCCAUUGACGUGGAGUGCGCUGAUUGGCUGGGGAGGAACAAGGCGCUGCAUCGUCCUUUCUCCUCCCCCCUGGAUCCCCCUCACGGUUGUCUCCACCAAACCCCCCUCACCGUCCUCUUUACCUAG